ACGGUCGCUUUCCCAUCAUCUCAAAACAAACCGCACACACAGAUUUAGAUAAACGAUUUACGGUUGCGCCGUUACAGAAUUGGUGAUCUGAAUAUUAUUUUUAUCCUCUCAUCCGUAAUAUUUUCGAGUUAUUUAUUCCAAAUUGUUGCAGUUCAUUGCGAGCGCGAGCAAGCGACGUCGCCAAAACCUAGGCAUUCAAAACAAACGCCAACAAGAUGCAACUGUCAACCCUCAUCAUCACAGCUUCUAGCAUCAUUGCUUCAACUGCUGCUGCGAAUACAGCAAAGGCGGACGGGCCUAACUUCUACCUCAUUCGCCACGCUGAAAAGAACCCAGAUGGUACUAUAUCGGCCGCAGGGUUGAAGCGAGAACAGUGCUUGAUUACAGUCUUUGGCGAAAGUAGCAAGUACAACAUUACGCGCAUCAUGACCCAGACACCAUACCCGGGAGAUUCCCAGUUUGACCAUGAAACCCAACGACCAUUCAACACUACUCUUCCUCUUGCUCAGUCGCUGAGCAUCACAAUUGACCACCCCUGCAACUUUACUGAUACCACGUGCGCUGGCAAGGCUGCUCUGCGGUAUUCCGGGCCAGGCAAUGUCCUGAUCGCCUGGGAGCACGAGCACUUGCCCGCUGUUGCAGAGGCCAUUGGUGCGAAGCAUGCCCCCAAGUAUCCAGGCUCGCAUUUUGAUCUCAUCUAUGAGCUGGUUGCCCCUUACACUAGCGUCACCGUUUCAUCCGAGGAUUGUCCUGGAUACGAUAAGCCUAGCUCUGGCACUACGACAGCCCCGAGUACUGUAACAACUUCGAGCGCAGCUCCCUCGAACACCACAGCCAAGACGAGCAGCGCAUCAAACUUGAAGGCCAAUGUUGGCAUUCUAACCACCGCCGCUUCCAUUGUGACUAUGUUAUUUCUAUAGAGAGUCGUCAUGGUUGGUCAAGAAUUGGGUUUCGAGAAUGGAUUGACCCUGGCAACUACAGCAUUCGAAGUGUCAAGUACACGCAUGUGCGAGGAUGUUUUGUAAAUUAUAUUUAUUGACAAAUGUACAUUCAUCUACAGACUAUAUAUACUGUUUCUUUU